UUUAGAAGAUGUCCAUAAUAUUAAAACUAAAACCAAUCAAACAGAAAAAAAAACAAUAAAUAUUAGAAAAAGGAGGCAAAAUAAUAGGGGAGGUUGGUGGCAGAGAUGAUGCCAUUACAUACCCAUUAGAGAACGCUUCAAUGGCAAUUAUUUGCGGACAUCACUUUCUACUUUGUCUCUUUCUCUUUCUCUCUGUUGAUCCAAAUUCAUCGUGUUAACAAAUCAUCACAACACAUUCACCAUGUUCUUCCUCAUCCUCUGAUCACGUCUUUUGUGUUUCUCCCUCGCAUUUUAUUUUCUUUCUGACAUUUCCUUUUAGGCUUUCCACAUUUACAUAGGUUUUUAUUUGUGCGGGAGAUGGUUAACUGAAUGUAAAUGGUAGACGGUUCAGAGGAAUUGGCUUCAUAUUGUGGUGUUCCUCAGGCGUAGAUCUGAGGUUGAUUAUUUCUUUCUCUGUGUGUGUAUUGUGUGGUCAUCACGUGUGGUUUAGGCAAUGAGUGCAUCAAGGUUCAUAAAAUGCGUCACGGUUGGUGAUGGAGCUGUUGGCAAAACAUGUUUGCUUAUCUCUUACACCAGCAACACCUUUCCCACGGACUAUGUUCCGACUGUUUUUGAUAACUUUAGUGCCAAUGUGGUUGUUAAUGGAGCCACGGUUAAUCUAGGCUUGUGGGAUACUGCAGGGCAGGAGGACUACAACAGAUUAAGACCAUUGAGUUACCGUGGUGCAGAUGUUUUCAUUCUAGCCUUCUCUCUGAUUAGUAAGGCUAGUUAUGAGAAUGUCUCCAAGAAGUGGAUCCCUGAGUUGAAGCACUAUGCUCCUGGUGUCCCCAUUGUCCUUGUUGGUUCCAAACUAGAUCUCCGGGAUGACAAACAGUUUUUCAUCGACCAUCCUGGUGCUGUCCCUAUUACCACUGCUCAGGGAGAGGAGCUCAAGAAGCUAAUUGAAGCGCCUGCUUACAUCGAGUGCUCUUCAAAAUCACAAGAGAACGUGAAGGGAGUCUUUGAUGCAGCGAUCAGAGUGGUCCUUCAACCUCCAAAGCAGAAGAAAAAGAAGAGCAAAGCACAAAAGGCUUGCUCCAUUUUGUAAUAGCUUAUGGAGAGGCUAAGAAGCUCUUUGAUGACAGUAUUUGGUUUUUUUUUUUUUUUUUUUCUCUUCUUUUCAUUGUGUUGCUGUCUCUUUAGUUCUUUAAAACCCUAUUUAUUGGUUUAAUUGUCUGUUUCAAGUUUCAACUGAUAGUUGAGAUAUCUGA